UCAGUUCGUUUUUUGAAUUUUACAAGAGAGGAAGUGUUAAAUUGUUUUUCCUCCGAAUCAAAACCAAAACCUCCAGUGUCUUACGGUGAAAAUCGCAAUGUUCAGAUCGAUCGUACUUUCAAAUGUUUGGAAACCAUUUGUCAAAAUUCCAGUUGAAUAUCGAAAACGAUUUUUAAGUUAAUCCAACGUAAAUUGAAUCGGUUUUCUCUGUCGAGUGAUGUAAUCGCAGAAAAAAAACGAGUUUAUUGUUAAAUUCCAAAAUUGAAAAUUAAGAAGUGUGAAGAAAUUUGAUAUUUUGCACAUAGACAAUUGAUACGAAGAAGCGAAAGCAGUGAUCAGUAUUGUACUUGGAUGAUUUACGCUAGCUGACUGAAUUUCAAGGAAGGAAACAGAGAAGAAUAAAGAAGAAGUAAUCGUGCACUGAUUCUAGCUACGGUGAUAAAAGUAAACGGAUAAUGUCUAUAUGUACAAUACAGUUGCCGAUCGUCCGUAUUUUUAAAGAUUUUGAUAAAAUGAGCGCACAAGAGCAACAAUUUGCUGCGAUGGAUCACGAUGAUGAUGUCGAUGAUACAAACGAAUGCGAUGGAAAAAAUCGAUGUGUCAUCAAAUUCGUGGAUACCAGCUAUCAGCAGCAAGACGGCAGUAUAUCCGACAAUGAAGAAGAUGCUGUUACAUCAACAAAACCAUUGCGACAACGAAAGCGCUCAAUGUCGAAUACACCAUACAAAAUGAGCAAAGCCUUUUCCGACAGUCAUUCGCUAUGUGAUGACUGUAACACAAACACAUUUCAUCACAAUUGCAUUUCAAAACGAUCGAAUGCAUCGAGUGGAUCGAAUAUGACGUCAAGCUCUGGUAGUAACAGUUUGCGCAAACAAUUAUUAGUUCGACGUUCUCCAUCGCCGUCUGUUCGGGAUCGAAACCAUCAACCGCAUAAAAUACCAUUGAUGCGAAAUGUUUCGGUUGGACUGAGUCCUGGAUAUGCGCAAUAUCAAAUGGAUUUGCUUGAAGUUCCUAUGCCUCGUGACUACGGCGAUGCAUCGUCCGAUGAUUUAAGCAGUGAAUGGGACUCAGACGUACAAGAAAGUCAACGAUCGCCAAAGCCGUCUGGUUGGCGCAAACUCAGAAAUAUUGUACAAUGGACACCAUUCUUCCAAACAUACAAAAAACAACGUUAUCCAUGGGUACAAUUGGCUGGUCAUCAAGGCAACUUUAAAGCGGGACCCGAUCAAGGAACUGUACUCAAAAAACUAUGCCCCAAAGAGGAACUUUGCUUUAGUUAUUUAAUGAGAGAUGUUUUACGACCUUAUGUGCCUGAAUACAAGGGUCAAGUCACCAGCGAUGAUGGUGAAUGUAAGCACACAUUUUUAUACAUGAUCUUUGACACAAAUGACAAUGUGACUAAUUUGUUUACAUUUAUAUUUAUAGUAUAUUUGCAGCUAGAAGAUUUACUUAGCGAUUUCGAUCAGCCGUGCGUAAUGGAUUGUAAAAUAGGCGUUCGAACAUAUUUGGAAGAGGAACUAUCAAAAGCAAAGGAAAAACCAAAGCUACGCAAAGAUAUGUAUGAGAAAAUGAUACAAAUCGACAAAGACGCACCGAACGAUGAAGAGCAUCGAGCCAAAGGAGUCACAAAACCCAGAUACAUGGUAUGGCGUGAAACAAUCAGCAGCACAGCCACAUUAGGCUUUCGGAUUGAGGGUAUCAAAAAAGGCGAUGGAACAAGUUCAAAAGAUUUCAAAACAACAAAAUCUCGUGAUCAGAUCAAAGAAGCAUUCAAAGAUUUUUCAUAUGGAUUCUCGAAUGCCAUACCAAAGUAUAUUCAAAGACUCAAGGCGAUUCGCGCAACAUUGCUACGUUCGGAUUUUUUCCAAUCGCACGAAGUGAUUGGCAGUUCGUUGUUAUUUGUACACGAUCGCACACAAGCCAGUAUUUGGUUGAUUGAUUUUGCGAAAACCGUUUCGUUGCCGUCGGGCGCACAUAUUACACACACGAACGAAUGGAUUGUGGGCAAUCACGAAGACGGAUACUUAAUUGGAAUAAAUAAUUUAAUUCAAAUUUUCGAAGAAAUUUUGUCGAAUGAAGAUGACUCAGUGUCAACGGAAUGUCAAUUGAAUGACGAUGAGGCUGACAUUCCAGAAGCUGGUAAAUCGAUAGACGAUGUAAAUCAAAUACAAGAAAACAAUGUUGAUCUUCAGCAAGAGAUUUACGCAAUGAAACUCGAUCAAUCGAUGCAAGAGGAUGACGGUACAGAUCGAAGUGAAGACAAUCGUAAUCAAGACGACGAAACGAAGUUGUAAUUUCGUUUUUAAGCAAUAUGGAUUUAAAAAGGCAGCCUUUUAUUAUUAUUAUUAAAAUUGAUGAGGCAGCCUAUUUAAUGUGUUUAUCACAAAAAAAACUCUAGCAAUCACUAUGUUUGGGGUGCGAUUGCAAAUGCAUUAAUACAGCAAACAUUGUUGAAAAAUAUUUGAUGCACGCUUCUGAGUGAAAGAAUUAUAUAUAAAUUCAUUGCAAUUCUGUUGAAUUUUCAACAGUCUCACAUACAUUUUUUUUCUUCAAAUUUAAAUAGAAAAUAAAAAGCGAUAGGUUACAUUUAGUAACAUUUUAAUGUAUAAUUUUAUUUCUACAUAAGACUGAUUUAUUGUUUAGCCUACGAAAAUCACAUACGUUCAUUCACAUCAUAUUUACGAAAAAGAAAUUGUAAUUUACACAUUUUAAUGAUGCGACAAAGCUUCGCAGAGUAUUAGAAGGAAAGAAGAAUUUUGAAUUUUGGAGAAUAUUAUACAUUCCAUCGAACAAUACGCCAAACUCAUAUCACAAUUUCUCUGAUUUGAGACAUUUUAUUAGUACAUUGAUAAUAAUAAGGUGUAAGAAAACAUUAUUUUUUUCCACUUCUCUCGCUGUAGCUACCUUUAAUAAAUAAUUAAAAAAACACACAUAUUCAUUUACAAUCAUCAAUUUGUCAUGUCGGAUUGCAGUUAUUAUUUAGAAGAAAUGUUAUAUGUUUUUUUUUGUUAAUAAGAAUCAACUAAAAGCUAAAAACACAAAUCUCUUUUUUGUUCUUUAUUAACGUAAUUUAUCUUAUUUAUAAUUCAUAUAGGAAAUUAUUGACAAAAUGAGUGUGAGUCAAAAAAAAUAAAGUCAAUUAAAAUUGAA